AGUGUGGAAGCCUAUCCGCCAGGCAGUCGGCUCCUGCGCUGAGGAAAGGUGUGUGUUAAGCGGCUGACCUCGCACUGAAUGGACUAGCUAGAUUUUUCGCAGCCACGGAAGCAACAAACUACAGGACCACUACAACCAAUCUAUUUACUCAAGUUUACAACCCAAAGUGCCGUWAAAGAGAAGACAACCGGAUAGUUUGGCAGUAUUAGGGAAUCCUGAUGAACAUACAAAUAUCUAAUCCCAUCAACAUCUCGCGUUAUGGGAGAUCACGGCACAAAGCGACCGAUUUUGAGGAGUUAGGCCUAUCUUGCUUGAGGACUACAGAAUCCAGCCAGAGUUUCAGUCCUAACCUAGGAUCCCCUAGCCCCCCCGAAACACCAGAUUCCUCCCACUGUAUCUCCUGCAUCGGUAACUACCUACUCCUCGAGCCCUUGGAGGGGGAUCACGUUUUCAGGGCCGCCCACCUGCACACCGGGGAAGAGCUCGUAUGUAAGGUGUUUGAGAUAGGCAUUUACCAGGAGUCCCUGGCGGUCUACUUCUCCCUGGGCAGACAUGAGCACAUCAACCAGGUGGUGGAGGUCCUGCUGGGGGAGAAGCGGGCCUACGUCUUCUUCGAGAGGAGCCACGGAGACAUGCACUCCUUCGUCCGUACCUGCAAGAAGCUGCGUGAGGACGAGGCCGCCAGACUCUUCCGUCAGAUAGCCUCAGCAGUGGCACAUUGCCAUGACAACGGCGUGGUCCUCCGGGACCUCAAGCUGAGGAAGUUUGUCUUCAGGAACGAGGACAGGAGCCUUGUGAAGCUGGAGAGCCUAGAAGACACCUACAUCCUGGAGGGCAAUGAUGACUCUCUGUCAGAAAAGCAUGGCUGCCCUGCCUACGUCAGCCCCGAGAUCCUCAACGCCAGCGGCAGCUACUCAGGCAAGGCGGCCGACGUCUGGUCCCUGGGCGUCAUGCUCUACACCAUCCUGGUGGGCCGCUACCCCUUCCACGACGUAGAACCCAGCUCCCUGUUCAGUAAGAUCCGCCGGGGCCACUUCAGCAUCCCAGAGAACCUGACGCCCAAGGCCAAGUGUCUGAUCCGGAGUAUCCUCCGCCGAGAGCCCGCAGAGCGCCUCACGMCCCGGGAGAUCCUGGAGCACCCCUGGUUCUUAUCCUCCGGGGCAGCAGGUGGCGCUAUGGUCCAGGGGAGAGGGGAGCAGGAGCAGACUGUGCCCGAGGUGAACAUGGAGGAGGAGCUGGAUCAGUUCUUCAGCUGAGAAGACAGGAAACGGAGCACAAAGGGAGGACUACGCCACAGAGCGGAACAAACGCGACACGCUCUGAAAGAGCCUAAAGGUAGAUUAGUUGUUUAGCAGGUGAAACAUUGUCACUCACAGAAAAGGUGUAUCCAUCUUUUUUUCUUUCCAUUUCAUGGAAAACCAACCUCGAGGCAGAGCCAGGUGGCGAAUGGUGUAUUAACAUAAUUGGGGGCGGGACUUCUGUUAAGAGGAGUUGCCGCCACUGGACAUGCAAGUCACAAACAAUGUAGCAAACGUUAUCUUUUGUUGUUCGUUUUUUAAAGUGGUGCUUUUAAAAGUAGAGACAUACGCCAUGUUGUGACGCUACAGAAAGCACGAAGGGACAAAAACCUCAGCCAAGGAGAACAAGAACACCACUCCUCUAUGCGCUCUCACACACCCAGGUAGAAGUUACCCACUAACCAAAGAUCUAGGAUCAGAUCACAUAACCCUCAAUCCUCACCUUAACCAUUAUGAGGAUUAAACAAUAUCUGACCCUGGACCUGUGGUCAGGGCCAACUUCUACCUCCUCUGUUCCAACAAUCAUCAGGACAGAUGACCUCAUUUUUGUUUUGUCACUCAGUGUUUGUCUCUUAUUACCUAACAUGACCUUUGAACCUAGCUUAUAAAGCUCUUUCAUUGACAUAGAAGACGGAUACUGACUAAACUAUUUUAUGUCUUCAGAAACGUGUGUACUUCAUCAUCUUUUUCUGUGUAGAUUUAUUUCUCUCUCCCACUCAUCAUGUGCAUUUCUUUUAAAAAACUAUCUUCCACCACCAUCAAUUUGUCAUUUAAUAAUAAGGCUAUGUUUUAAGUCUGAUAUCACCUUGUUGUAUUAAGCUAUUCCAUUAAAUUAUUAAUGCUGCUUUGAUAUCUUCUGCUUAACCUUAAUUUGUAACCUCCCUCUCUCGUUAUGCCUCCACUAAUGGCAUAAUGCACUUGAUUUGUUUAGGUUAGGUUAGGUUAGGUUAGGUGAACAAUCAAUUCCACCUCUCUAGACUCGCUUUCUCUAUUUAAGUUUAGCUUUUCAUUUGUAGGAGAGGAAAACUUAACAUUUUAUUUAAAUUGUAACAACUAUAUAAAUAUAAAUAUAUAUAUAUUUAAAAAAACAAAACAUUGCAGGGUUUUUCUUUUUCAGAGAUUCCUUUUUCAUGUAUAUUAAAGGCAAUAGUUUGGACACAGGACAUGUGCGAUGGGAAAAAAGUCUGUCCAAAGUUUUUAGAAUAAACAAUUAAACUUUUGUGCCAGUAUUUCUCUGCCCCCACCACCCAUGCCAACUUCGGUCACCCCUUAAUAUAUUUUAUUUUGAACUUGACACCAGUUAUUAAACAAUACUAUUACAGUAACAUGGUCUGCAGUAGCCCAUGUUAAUUUUCUACUGCCUGCGUAGGUCCUGUAAAACUGUCCUGUUCUGAAUGGGUACCAGUGGACAUGUUUUGUCGUAUCUCAAUGUUACUUGAAUUUGUGUUUUUAUUAACUAGUCCURGGCAUGCACCCUAUGAAUGCUAUAGCCUGCCUAGCAGGGUGAAACAAAAUAAGCUUUUUUUUAUAAAAGUCAAAACACAAGUGAAAAUGUUAUUGGAAAUGUGCUAUUUUGAGUCACUUUUAAAACAGACUAUUGCUUUUAUUUUGUUUCGUAGAAUGAGCUGCCCUUAUUUGCAUUGGUGCUGAUUUGGUGCUAAUGCUUAAGAAGUCCUCUUGUUUUUGUUUGGAGGGGAGUGGUGCAUGGUGGGAAUUCUGCCUCGGAUGUUCUGAUUGUAAAAUGUAACAGAUUUUGGUGUUUUGUCCAAAUUUAUUCAGUAAAUAAAUUGUGAACUGCA